CCCUGUCCUCAUGUUUCUUACCAGCGAGGUUCACCGAGGAGUAAAAUUAAAAACACUGGACAUGUCACCGGCGGAGGACCAGGCUGGCGAAGCCGGCAUGGAAGAAGCGAAGGCGGUCGUCGGCGCCGGUGCCGGCGAGGGAGGGAAAGGCACAUGGAGGCACGCGGCGUUCCACGUGGCGACGACGAUCGCCACACCGGCGGCCUAUGCUCCCUUGCCCUUUGCUCUUGCAUCCCUUGGCUGGCCUCUCGGUGUUUGCAGCUUGGUGAUAGGAACACUGGUUGCCUGGUGUUCCAGCCUGGUAAUUGCCUCGCUGUGGCAGUGGAAUGGAGAGAAGCACACCAGCUACCGGCUGCUUGCAAAGAGCAUCUUUGGUCCCUGGGCCUACUGGUACGUGUCAUUCUUCCAGCAAGUGGCAUCAGUCGGCAACAACAUCGCAAUCCAGAUUGCGGCUGGCAGCAGCCUCAAGGCCGUGUACAAGCACUACUACGCCGGCGGCGAAGGUGGCACGAUGAAGCUACAGCACUUCAUCCUUGUCUUCGGCGCAUUCGAGCUGUUCCUCUCCCAGCUUCCCGACAUCCACUCGCUCCGGUGGGUCAAUGCUACCUGCACUGCUAGCACCAUUGGGUUUGCCGGGACAGCCAUUGGCGUCACAUUAUAUGAUGGAUAUCAGGUUGACCGCAAGGAAGUUGGUUACGGUGUACAAGGAAGCACUGCAACUAAAAUCUUCAGAGCUUUCAACGCACUGGGCACGAUAGCGUUCUCAUUUGGUGAUGCAAUGCUGCCAGAAAUUCAGAGUACUGUGCGGGAACCGGUGAGGAGGAACAUGUACACGGGCACUUCGGCAGCGUACAUGUUGAUCGUCAUGUCCUACUGGACACUGUCAUUCAGUGGUUACCGGGCAUUUGGCUCUGGAGUCCAGCCCUAUAUCCUGUCCUCCCUGACCGUUCCAACAUGGGCAAUUAUAAUGGCAAACCUAUUUGCAGUCAUUCAGAUCACAGGUUGCUUUCAGAUAUACUGCAGACCGACAUACGCGCACUUUGAAGAGCUCCUUCAGGGGAGGAAGAACACUACUAGGUACAAAGCUUGGCUGUGGCGGUUUAUGUAUACUUCUGCAUACAUGGGGGUGAUUACCCUCGUUUCCGCGGCAAUGCCCUUCUUUGGGGACUUUGUGUCAAUUUGUGGAGCAGUCGGUUUCACCCCUCUGGACUUUGUACUGCCAGCAUUAGCAUUUCUCAAGGUUGGGACGCUGCCUCAAAAUCUGGGGACUCGCUGUGCUCUCAAGACCCUGGCCUCCACGGUCGCCGUUUUGUUCUCGGUCGUUGGACCUCUUGCUUGCAUCGGCGCCAUCAGAGCGAUCGCACUCGACGUCAGGACCUACAAGUUCUUCCAUGAUAUGUGAUGGUAGUUAGGUAGCAUAAGAGCAUAUCCAGCAGGUUCGCUAAAACUAGUUCUCUAAAACCAGUUUUAGGGAUAGGAGAGAGAAAAAAUUCUCUAAAAAAAUGUGUUCCUCUGCAGCAGGUUCUAUAAAAUUGGUUCUCUAAAUUUUCUUCUUUUCUAAAACUCCUAUAAACCACACAAACACUGAAUUGAUUUGACAUUUCAUAUUAUGGACUAAAAACAUGAAUGAUAGCAUGACACACAAUUCAUAACAUUCCAACCCCAUAAUUUUGAAAAAUUAAAAUGUUUGUUCAAAUAUGAAAAAUCACAACUACCAAAGUACAUCAUGACAAUAAAAAUGAAGAUACUAGUGGCCAUGUUGGCAAUGAAACUUCCACAACUCCUCAACCAAAUCAUCUCGAAGUUGGUCAUGAGACGCCUGGUUUUGGAUCUGUCGGUGUACUUGAAGAAAUCGCUGGAUUCGGUCUUGAUCUUCCCUUCUUGGCUUCACCCUUAGGGCAUAAGACACAUCCUAGCCACACUCAUCUUCUAUGAUCAUGUUGUGCAAUAUGAUGCAUGCUGGUUGUCAUGAUCGUCCAUAGAAUUUUCUCAUCCCAUAAUCUAGCAGGCCCACGCACAAUUGCAAACCGGGAUUGCAACACCCCAAAUGCUUUCUCCACAUCUUUCAAGCUGCUUGAGCUGCUAUGAACUGAACUCUCUCCCUGCCUUGGGGGUUGGAAUAUUGGCUUCACAAUGGGUUGAUCCCAUCUACAAGAUAGUAUCCCAUGGUGUAUUUGUGCUCAUUGGCUUCAAACUCCACAUUAGGCACUUCUUCUCUUGCCAACCUAGCAAAGAGUGGUGACCGGUGCAAUACAUUGAUGUCAUUGUAAGAACCAGGCAUCCCAAAGUAAGCAUGCCAUAUCCACAACUCUUGAUCAUGCAAUCCAUGGAACUG